AUGACGGAUCAAUUCGAGAUCUCCUUCGCCGGAAUCUUCCUCAGCAGCGCUUUCGCCGCUUGCUUUGCCGAGUUGUGUACUAUUCCUUUGGACACAGCUAAAGUUAGGCUUCAGUUACAAAAGAGAGCUUCAGGAGGUGGGGAAGCUGGGGGUGCUACAUCCAAAUACAAGGGUUUAUUGGGUACGAUGUUGACUAUUGCUAAGGAAGAAGGUCCUGCGGCGCUUUGGAAAGGAAUCAUUCCAGGUUUACACCGUCAGUGUCUCUAUGGAGGUUUAAGGAUUGGCUUAUAUGAACCUGUUAAGGCAGUCUUGGUUGGGGGAAAUGCUGUUUCAGAUGUUUCUUUGUUUAGCAAGGUUCUUGCUGCUUUACUGACUGGGGCUAUAGCAAUUGUCGUUGCUAAUCCAACUGAUCUGGUAAAAGUUCGCCUUCAAGCUGAAGGAAAGAUGCCUGCAGGGGUGCCUAGACGGUAUGCUGGUGCUUUGGAUGCUUAUUAUACCAUAGUCAAACAGGAAGGACUGACAGCUUUAUGGACCGGGCUUGGGCCCAAUAUUGCCAGAAAUGCAAUCAUAAAUGCUGCUGAACUGGCUAGCUAUGAUCAUGUAAAAGAGGCCAUUUUGAAAUUUCCUGGAUUUUCAGACAACGUGUUGACCCAUCUUCUAGCUGGCUUGGGUGCUGGGUUCUUUGCUGUCUGUAUUGGUUCUCCUGUUGAUGUGGUAAAAUCCAGAAUGAUGGGAGAUUCAGUCUACAAAAGCACCUUCGAUUGUUUUUUCAAAACUUUAAGAAAUGAGGGACCUUUUGCUUUCUAUAAGGGAUUCCUUCCCAACUUUGGUCGACUAGGUAUAUGGAAUGCCAUCAUGUUUUUAACUCUUGAACAAGUAAGUGAACACUUGCUCAACUUUAGAGAUGUGAUCCUUGCUUCUAAUAUGUUUGACUCCAGUUCUAAUGGAAUUUGUAUCAAGUUUGCAAUUUGUGGGCCAGCUAAAGACAAUUGA